AUGAUGGUCGAAAGAGAGUCAAGUGUUUCAACUGAGGUUUUCUUCGCUGUUUACUGUCACAUGGGAAGUUUCGGAUGCGGAGAUGGAGGAUGGACGCUGGUUAUGAAAAUUGACCGGCACGAAGGCAGAAAAACGGAGUUUGAUUUCCAAAAGACCAAGCUACCGACCUACUGGAGCACACCCUUCUCCAAAAUCUGUCUUGGCAUGAAGAUCGGACACCAGAUCAAGUUCAUCGUUAUCAACAAGCAUGCCAAUUCUCUCUACUCACUGAUUGCUGACGGUCAAUACCGCACCACCUCACUGGACGGUAACACGUGGAACACGCUGAUUAGCUUACAGGCUUCCUUGCAGUACAAGUGUAACAACUAA